CGUCUUAGAGUCCUGGACGAAGGGCUUCGCUACAGGUCAUGAUACAGACGACCCUGUUGUCGGCAAAGAUGUUGUUGAGCUUCUAACAGCUGCAAUUAAAAGAAAAUCUCUUCCUCUUGAAUGUGCUGCAGUUGUUAAUGAUACAGUCGGAACUUUACUAUCAUGCGCAUAUCAGAAAGGUCGCAGCGCGGCUGCAUGCACAAUCGGUGUUAUAUUAGGAACAGGCGCAAACUGCUGUUAUAUCGAACCGGAUGCUGCGCAGUUUGGAUACAAAGGAAGUAUUAUUAAUGUCGAGUGUGGGAACUUUAACAAACAUCUUCCGACUACGCCUGUAGAUCAAGCC